AUGCCGUACGAAACGGCGACGGUGAACGCAUCGACAGCCAACAGCACCGAGACGGCGGAGACAAUGGCGCGCAACGAGUCGCUGGCGUCGAUUGAAAUAGCCGUCCAGGUAACCAUUCUUCUUCUGGCUGUUGUGGGUAACUCCCUCGUGGUCCUGUUCCUCUUUCUCAGGAAGAAGAAGCUUUCACGGAUGCACUUGCUCAUCCUUCACCUCAGUUUAGCCGACCUGUUCGUGGCCUUCUGCCAAGUCCUACCUCAAAUCGCCUGGGACAUUACCUACAGGUUCAAAGGAGGCGACUUCCUCUGCAGACUCGUGAAGUACUUCCAGGGUCUGGCAAUGUUCGCGUCGUCGUACGUCCUCAUAACGACGGCCAUAGACCGCUACUUCGCCAUCUGCCACCCUCUGACCAGCUCCAGCUGGGGGUCAGGGAAAAUCCACAGGAUGGUAGGGGCGGCGUGGAGUCUGGCGCUCCUGUUCAGCGUUCCGCAGAUGGUCAUCUUCUCCUACAUGGAGGUGGAACCGGACACGGAGAUCUACGACUGCUGGGGCGUGUUCGACCCUCUGUGGAAGCUCCAGCUGUACAUCACGUGGAUCACGGUUUCCGUGUACAUCAUCCCGACCAUCCUGCUCGUCUGUCUCUACGGGAACAUAUGUUUCUCGGUGUGGAAGAGCGGGAAGAUCGCGGCGAAACUGGCCCCGGGGUACAGCCAGCCGGUUGUUGUUUCGAAACCCACGGCUCACGCUGGGAAGGCAGGGGUGAGAGGUCUACUGCGUGGUAUGUCGGAGGAGAACGUGAGCGUAACGCAAGGGAAACAUCAUCACGGGAUUUCAAGGGCCAAGAUAAAGACUAUCAAACUCACCAUGACGGUUAUCGUCUGCUAUCUCAUCUGCUGGUCACCCUUCUUCGUCGCUCAGAUGUGGGCAGCCUACGACCCGAACGCACCUUUCUAUGGUCCAACCUACACAAUCAUUCUGCUACUGGCGAGUUUAAACAGCUGUACCAACCCGUGGAUAUACAUGGCCUUCAGUGAGAGCAUUCUAGACAGUGUUAAAGACUUCUUUCGAUGUGAGAGCACCGACAAAUCAUUAACAUCGCCUUUGAAUCACCGCGGACAAAAUUCAAGUGGCCGGUGUUUGACGAUCCUCGAAAUUAACGCCUGCCAUCUCUAG